AUGUCAUAUGGAAUUUUUGGUGUUCACCCACCAGAUAAUCGUCGUGAUAAAAUCGUUUAUCAUGCUCUUCAUUUACCAAUUCAUUCGAUUUUAUCAUUUUUUUUUUAUUUUGGAUUUUAUUAUGAAGUAUUUACUGCUCCAUUAGAGACGGCUACUGAAGCAACAUCAUCAUCAAUGGUUCUAACAAACAUAAUGAUACGUGCUUCAAUAUUCUUUUAUUAUCGCGAUAAUGUUUUAAAAUCAUUACCAAUAAAAUGUCGAAUAAUGGAAACUGUCGUUCAUUCUAUAUUAAUAUUAAUGGUAUUAGCUAAAGUUUUAGGCUGUAUUAGAAGUUUUUAUGGUGAGCGUGUACCAUUAUUUCCUAUUUGGGUACCAUACGAUUGGCGUACCGAAUCAUGGGUUUAUAUUGCAACUAUAACUUAUCAAUUUAUAGCAAUUACCUUACAAGUAAUUGGAUAUGCAGCAAAUCAAUUAUUUGGGCCAAUUUCACUUUGUAUGAUGAUUGCACAUACACAAAUUUUAAAGAAUAGAUUAAGAAAUAUUGGUUAUAAUCGAGUGAAAUCAUUAGAAAGUAAUCAUAAAGAGUUGAUACAGUGUGCUAAAAUGUUUAAUAUACUUUACAGUAAAAUUGUCACAUUACAAAUGACAACUCAAUUUAUGUUGUCUUCAUUGCAAUUAACAAUGACAAUUGUAUUGACAAUUUAUUUUACGAAUGAUUUUGCAGCAACAAUGUAUGCCGGCUUAUAUGUGCUGAAUACAAUAGUUAGUGAAUUAUUAUUGUCAUGCUGGUACGGUGAGAAAUUAAAAAGUGAAACUGAAGGUUUUACAGAUGCCUAUUAUGAUAUGAAUUGGAUUGAUCAAAGUCCAAAGUUCAAAAAAGAUUUAUUAAUGUUAAUGCAACGUUCUCAAAUAAGUUUUGAUAUGGUGGCUGGAUUAAUGGCAAUAAAUUUGAGAAGUUUUGUUUUGAUACUGCGGUUUGCUUAUUCAGCAUCUUUGAUUUUGAGUAAUAUGAAAAAUCGUCCAGAUGAUUAA